CUCUCAUGUUCUCAAAGCUCGAGGACGACAGAUUUUUGAAAAGAAAAACUCAACCGAUUACCUAACUUGGAGGCCUAUCAUACUUUGUUUACAGCGACAUCAAGUACUGGUUGAUAUUGUGUAGUUGACAUCAGAGAAUCUGAACCUCCUGUGUAUCUUUGUGAAGAUCUUCUUAGAUUCCUUUCUGCUAAUUUACGUAGAGCCUUUCUAUCUUUGAUCGCCUAAAAACUCCCUCCAAAAUGGCGGCCGACAAGGAGAAGAAGGAAAAGAAGGAGAAGAAGGACAAGACCGGCGAUGGCGCAGAGAAGAAGGAGAAAAAAGUUCGGCCAAAGCGCCGCGGCGAUUCGGACGAGGAGGAGAUGACGAUGUGGGAUUCCGUCGGGGAUAUCAAGAAAACCGACCUGACCAACGCGGAUAACUACCUGAAACAGGACAAGGACAAAGCGCUGGACAAGCGAAAUAAGGACCAGACCGCGAACAAGCAGGCGGCGGCGAAAAAGAUCCAGAUGAACGACGACGAUGCGUCGGGCAACACGUCUAUCGUGCAGGAGCUCUUGAGGAAAAAAGAGCAGGAACAGAAAACGAAAAACGCGGAAAAGGAGAAAAAGAAGCAGGAAACGGAGAAGGCAAAGGACAUGUUCGCCGGGUUGGACGACGCCGGAGGGGAGAAAGACAGAAGUUUGGAAGAGCUGGACCUGAAGGGGGACUCAUUGGUCUCCGACAAAAUUGGAAACAUGAUGGAAGGGCGCGUGGUCCACGAUCUGCUCGCGACGGGAACGUUCAAGACACUGGCGACAGAUGUAUACAGAUAGCUGAUGAUUCUGAUACUCAUUGUGUAAUUGCAAAUUUCACCAGAAAUAAAAACACGUUUUCUCACGCACGAUGGAUCUACAUCUUGCGUUACGUUCCAUGAGUUCCUAGUAGCAGCCGUAUACCGUAGUGAAAGAAACCUAUUUUCGGAAAAAAACCUUCCACCAUCAUUCCGAUUUCUCCAUUUCAGGCCGACCCAAAGCUCCAACCGUCCGUCCGUAAUGUCGGGUCCGGCUUGGUUCGCGCCGGUGUCGCUGCGGGCACGAAAAAUGCGGAGGAGUUUCUUUCCCUCGGGGAGUUCACGCCCGCGACCGGUUUCGGUUUUCUCCGUUGCUCGGGGAAAGCGAAGAAACUGACCUUCACUUGCGCCAGGCCAACCACGGUUUUCUUUCUCACGAUGGCCCCAACGGCAAACGUCGACCCCGCGGUGAAGAAGUGGACGAGUUUAAAUGAUAACACCGGGGAACGGGGUGUCGAAACCAGCGCCGGGUACUACGGGACGAUAAAACAGAAAAAAAUCUUGAAACCCGAAGAGCAAGAGAUCGAAUUUGAAACCACCCUCGAGGAGUCCAAAUCACUCCUUUUUUUCCAACCGGAUUUCCACGCGAAGUCCUUCGCGGCGACGGAGGCACAGGAGAACGCUGAUAUGGAAUCCAGUGCGGUCAACGUCGGGCUGGUGGUCGAUGCGAGAAACGACAAGACUUUGGACGAGAAGGUCGAAGAUCUGAAACAGCGACAAGCGAAUGGGGAAAAACUCACGGCGAAGGAGAAGAAAAUGUUGGAAAGACACACGGCGGAGACAAAGUAUUGAUUCUUUAUUUCACUGCUUUUUUUUGAUGGUAGCCGUAGCACCGUGUUUGUAGGUGUUGCUUGUGCUUUCCUACGCCUCAUACAUACGAAACCAAGCUCUUUCGCAGCGCAAAUGAUCCCCUCCCCCCCACAAUCUAUCAGGUAUCACAACCCGGACGACGAUGCCGCUACUGGUGAUUUGAAAGCUUUCUCUAUCGUCGUACCCGGCGGGCAGGUCAUCCACCCGCCCUCCGGCGACUCCGCGGUGUGUGAGGGCUUCUCCCUCGCCGCCGCCGGAAACUGGCUGUUCAAAAACGCAAACUUCAAAGUCGUGCAGGGACACCGGUACGGCUUUCUCGGGCCCAACGGUAUGGGUAAGACGACGCUGCUACGGCACAUCGCGAAGCGGGAACUGCCCGUGCCGCUGGACUGGGACAUCUUGCUGGUGGAACAGGAGGCGAAGGCGAGCAACAAAAACGUCGUCGAGGAGGUGAUGGCUUCGGACGUGAAGUGCGUGGAACUGUUAGACGAGGAGAAGGCGUUGAUGGAGAGGUUGGAAUCGGCCGACGAUGCUGACAGCAAAUUGGACGCGGUGGAGAUGUAUGAACUGCAAAAGUAUCGUACUCGUAUAAAUGCAUUACAAAUUGGCUCAGCAUGAGAAAUAAAAUUUGUAAUGCGGAUUUGCCUUAUGAAAAAGAUUUGUAAUGCAAGACUUGCAUUUAUACGAGUGCGAUACUUUUGCACAGGAUAAGAUGGAAAAAACUAGGCAACGGUUGGAAGAAGUCUCCGCCGAGCUGGACGCGCGGAACGCGAACGCGUUGGAGUCGACCGUGAGGAAAAUUUUAACCGGCCUCGGGUUCACCAAGAAAAUGCAGACGCAGACGGUAUACCAAAUAGCGGAAGUGCUUUUAUUGGUGAUGAUUCAUUGGCCAUGAUUGCGGAAUAUCUGCCAUUACCUGUUCGAACAAAAGCAUUCAUAUUCAUUUAGCAUUUUUGUUUUUUCAAGAAAGUCAGCAUCAGAUCACGCUCAGAACACCAUCUUCAACCAUCGAAAAUCUCGCUCAGGUCGAAACCUUCUCCGGUGGUUGGCGUAUGCGCAUUUCCCUCGCGAAAGCCCUUUUCCUGCAGCCCAAACUUCUCCUUCUCGAUGAACCGACCAACCACUUGGAUCUCGACGCGGUCCUCUGGCUCGACAACUACCUUUCCGAGGAAUACCCCCACACAGUCAUUUGCGUUUCCCACGACGCCGACUUCCUCGACGCGAUUUGCACCGACGUGAUCCAUUUGGACCAGCAGCAGCUCUUCUACUACCGUGGGGGAUACUCCGGGUUUAAGAAGAUGCUUGGGCAGAAGAAGCUGGAGCAUGCCAGAGAGUUGAAGAAGAUGCAGGACGAGUUUAAGAUGCUGAAACGAUCCGGCAUGGCGAAGGACAAAGCGGAGGAGCAGGUGAAGAAAAAGUUCAAUCUGGACAGUAUCAACGACAUCCACGAAAAGAUCAAGGACUACAUUGUCAAAUUCAACUUCUUCGGCCUCGGGCAAGAUUCCGGUAUUGGCGGCUUGAACGUGUCCGACGUGUGCUUUUCCUACGACGGGGAGCAGCCCUAUUUGCUGGAUGAGCUGGAUUUCGGAUGUGACACGACGAGCCGCAUCGCGAUCGUCGGGCCCAACGGUGUCGGUAAAUCGACAUUUUUAAAUUUGAUGUUGAAGAAGCUCCAGCCGUGCGAGGGUGAGGUGCGACACGCGAACGCGUUGCGGGUCGGGCACUACCAUCAGCACUUUGAUGAGUUACUGCCGUUGGACAAGAAUGGGGUGGAGUAUUUGAUGUCGGAUUUCCAGAAGGCGGGGAUUUCUUCUCAGGAAAAAGCGCGCGCGUCUCUCGGCCAGUUCGGAUUGCCGUCGUUUGCGCACUUGACGAAAAUCGGCAACCUGUCCGGGGGUCAGAAGGCGCGGGUUGCGUUUGCGGCUUUGUCGUUGAGCCAGCCGCACAUUGUGGUGUUGGACGAACCGACAAAUCACUUGGAUAUCGAAUCCGUGGAGGCGCUUAUUGACGCGGUAUUAAUUUCUUCCAAGGGGUCGUUUGAUUUCUUGUUUUCCGUAUGUGUGAUGCCGAUCAUGCGGAUGGUUCUUACAAAGGAAAUCAUCGUCGUCCUGCAUCAGAGCCGCUAGCUAGUAGAGUCGUGCGCGACCAUGAUGCAUCAACAGCAUCAUAAAAAUAUUCAAAUUUUUCAAUUACAAAAACAGCUCGGCCGAUACGACGGCGGUGUUAUUCUCGUAACCCACGACGCCCGAUUGAUCCAAGCGGUGGAUUGCACGCUCUGGGUGGUGGCGCUCCACGACCCCGUCGUCAAGCCAAACACGGCGCAGAUCAGAAGGCACCCGCGCGGGUUCGAAGGCUACCGGCAAGACGUGCUGUCCCAGCUCGCAGAGCGGGAGGAGGAGAUCGAGCUGAUCGCGAUGCAGCGUGCUAGGGAACGGGAGGAAAAGCGACAGAAGUUGGGUCUGGCAGUGCGAGAAGUGGACGUCAGUGCGGGGAUUCAGGCGAAAAAGAAGGUAAGUAGUGGAAGUGCGGCUUUUAAUGUCAUACUGCAAAUGAAUUACUUUCGCUAAUGGUCAUGCCCUCGUUCCACGCAAAGCUGCAAUCCAAAUUCAUCCGUCUGUGUUUCUUUUUGGUCUUCCUUUCAAAUCUCAACUUUUGACUCCACCUCCCACAGGCCAACAAGACCGUUGCAGCUGACGACGACGACGACGCCCCGGCGGAGGAAAACGCCGAUCAAGACGCCUCCCCGGGCAACGAGGGCGGGAAAAAGAAGAAGAUGACGGCGAAGGAGCGGCAGAUGCUGAAGAAGGAGCAAGCAAAGCAGCAGGCCGAGGAACAAGCCAAGAAGGACGCAGAGGAGGCAGAGAAGCAAAGAGCCGAAGCGGAAAAGGAGAAACUCCUCUUCGACGGCGACAGCAGAAAGCCGACUCUGACCGGCACAGCCGGCUCGUCUGACGAUGCAGCUCCGUGGAUUGACGUGCCGGAUUUGGAUUCCGAGGACGAGGAUUUGAAGAAAAAGAAGAAAAAGGAAAAGAAAGAGAAGAAAAAAAAAUCCACCAAGUACGCGGACAGCGACGAGGAGGCGGCGGCGCUUGAGGAAAAGAAAAAAAAGAAGCGAAAGCGAGUGAAAUAUGAGCAGUCGGAUGAGGAGGAGGAGGAACAGCCGAAGAAAUCUACUGUAAAUGACGUCGAAAACAACAAAAAAUCCACUUCGGAGUCGGACGAGGUGGAAGAGAAAAAGGAAGACCCAAAAAAGCUCGACAAGAUGAAGAAAAAGUUCGAUGCCGUAGCAGUAGAACCAGACGAAACUGCAGAAAGAAAGUCCAAAGGCAAGGAAUCCGCGCCAUCACCGUCCUCUAGUAGCAAAGACGAAAAGGAAGAGGAAGAGCCUACUCCCAAGGCAUCGAAUAGCGAACAGAACAACUCCGAAGAGGAGGAUUCUGAUAGCGAAGUGGAUUUAGCCGCUUUUGCCAAGAAGAAAGCACCAGCGGCAAAGGUCGAGGAGUCUGAGGAGGAAGAGAGUGAUGACGAAGUCGAUUUGGCUGCGCUCGCUAAGAAUAAGAAGAAAAACUUCGAUCCGCCAGCGCGAAAUACGAAGAACAAAAAGGGCAACAAGAAGUCCGCUGUGGUCGAAGAAGAGGAAAGCGACGCAACUGAGGAAAUAACACCCUCGAAGCCAGCACCUGCACCACCAGCAGAACCAGCGAACAAGGCCUCGUCCACCUCCUCCACUUCCGCUGCGGCAAAACCAGCGCCGACUUCGAAGCUCACGAAGUACAAGAUCGGCAAAGUCACCAGCUCCGAGGCGAUGAAGAAGAAGGGCACCUACGCACUGGAAAUUGACGUGAACGACAAAAUCACGAAUGAAACGAUCUCCAUCGUGACCAACCAGUUCAACGACGUGCCCUCCGAGGGUGCCAUUGUGGUCGUUGUCCCGGAAGGCGAAGUCGGCCCGGACGGCAAAGAGGUAAAACGGGCGAAAGUGGGCGGUGCCUGGAAUAACGGGCUCUUGCUCUCCUGCGUCCAUCUGAACAUCGAGGGAACCGCGCGGGACGUUGGCGUUCUGGAUCCGGAUGAGUUUGAAGCGAAGGUUGGCGAGUACUACGAGAUGCAGAGCUCGUCCUGUGACGACGAUGCUGCGGACGACGUCGCACAGCCGGAAGUUGUGGAUGCAAAAUCCACUUCCGUGUCUGAGCAGAGGAAAAGCAAUGCGAGCAACAGCAACAAGCCAAAGAACGACAGCAACGCGGGGACACCUGGCGGUGGGAAGAACAGCACUGCGAGUAGAAAUAAUCUCUCUGGCGGCAACACGCCCUCUGCAGCUGCAACCGGAAACCCCAGCGCGCCGGACUCAGAUGACGACGACGAAGGUAACACCAACAAGCAAGCCGCACCAGGCCAGAAGAUGGGCGCGGCCGCGAAGAAGCGCGCGAAGAAGGCGGCCGCGGCGGCGGACGGUGCUGGGGACCAGCCACAGCAAGGUGGCGGCGCCGCUGCAAAUAAUAAGAAGCAACGCGGGGCGGCAAAUGUUACAUUGGAGGAGGAGGCGCCAAUAAAUUGGGACUCCGACGACGGAGGAAAGAAAAAGAAGGGUGGACGGAAGAAGAAGUAAGAUGCCGCUUCGCAGCAGUAUUAAGCAGGUCCACCAUCCUCGGAUGGAUAUGCGGCUGUUCAUCAGUAAAUCAAAAGUGUAAGCUGCCCCUGCGAGUGAUAAUCGCGAUCACGAACAAAGUAGAUCUUUUGAUUUGUGGUCUCACACGACAUCCAGGUUCUGCUUGUGACAAAGUAAACACUGUGAUUGUUUUACAUGAUUCCCUUCGUCGGAAACUUUUCUGCAGUUGCUCUAGUAUGAAGAACAAAGCCAAC